AUGAGUUCAGACGAGGAAGACUUUAACGAUAUCUAUGGUGAUGAACACCAAGAUCAACAACAGACAGUUUCUAAUGAAAGUAAACCAGUAGAUUCAACCACCGCUCCAAGCACUGAGUCAGCCAGCGUUCCAAUGGAUCCCUUGGCUGCUUUGCAAGCUUUAUCAUCUAACUUAAAUAAUAGUAAUAACACUGAUAACAACAAUGAUAAAGAUACUAGCUCCGGAUCACAGACAACUGCUGAUGGUAAUGCUGUUAGCUCAGAGCAAAAUGGAUCAAAUGUUAGCUCAGAGCCUCAAGUUAGCAACCAAACGCAAAACUCUGAACAAAGAGAAAGCAUUGAGGAAGCUAACAGAAGACAAGUCAAAGCUGACCUAUCUAGAGAAAACUGUAAAAUGUUUAUUGGUGGUCUGAAUUGGGAAACUACCGAAGAUGGUUUACGUGAAUACUUCAGCAAGUACGGUAAUGUUGUAGAACUUAAAAUCAUGAAAGAUCCAAACACUGGUAGAUCCAGAGGUUUUGGUUUCUUGAGUUUCGAUGCACCAAGUUCCGUUGACGAAGUCGUGAAGACACAACAUAUUCUUGACGGUAAAGUAAUAGAUCCAAAGAGAGCUAUCCCAAGAGAAGAACAAGAUAAGACAGGUAAAAUCUUUGUAGGUGGUUUGGGUACAGAUGUAAGGCCAAAAGAAUUCGAAGAAUACUUCUCCCAAUGGGGUACCAUCAUUGAUGCACAAUUAAUGCUUGAUAAGGAUACUGGUAGAUCCAGAGGUUUUGGAUUUGUUACAUAUGACUCACCAGACGCUGCAGAAAAGGUAUGUGAAUCAAGGUAUAGAGAAUUCAAAGGUAAGCAAAUAGAAAUAAAAAGAGCAGAGCCAAGACACCAGCAGAAGCAGGCUGGACAGCAAGCUGUAAGUCCUCCUGUGGCCGGCAUGGGCAUGAAUCCAAUGUCUAACCCAAUGGCCAACCCAAUGGCUGGCAUGUAUCAAAAUCCGAUGAUGGGUGGUUUCAACCCUAUGUUUAACCCACAAGCUAUGCAAGAUUACUACCAAAAGAUGCAAGAAUAUUAUCAGCAACUACAACAGCAAACGGGCAUGGAUUAUUCUCAAAUGUUCCAACAGCAGAUGUCAAUGAUGAUGCCAGGAUUCCAAAUGCCACCAAUGAAUGCUGAUGGCUCUGGUUCUCCUCUAAAUAAUGCCGGUUCUGAAAAUACUCCAUCUGGUGACGACCAUAACGGAAGCGAUAACUCUUCUUCUUCUAAUGUGCAAACGAUUGGUGGUGACAGUAAUGAUAGUAAUUCAGCAUCAAAUGAGAGAAAUGAGGACGGCAGUAAUAGAAUGAAGAAAAACUCGUUACCAAAGAAUAUACCAAGAGGGCCUAGAGGACCCAGUGAAAGAAAUGACAGAGGUUCAUAUCACAGAGACCGUUCUGGUGGUUCCCGUCAUGGUGGUUACCAUGGCUCUAGUAAUGGUUCAUACAGAAGAGAACGUGGCGGUUACAACGGAGGGCGUCGCAGCAAUGGAUAUCACCCUUAUAACAGAUCAUAA